AUGAAUGUCAACAACAUCUUCCUUCAAUUUGCCAACAGAUGGGGACUUGUGCCAGUGGGUAGUCUUGUUCCUUUGCUCAAGGCAUGCAAAGUCAGAUACCAUUUGGAGGAGAAAGUAAUGGCCAUGAUCGUGGAUGAGCAAAACUCUGGUUUCUUUGAUAGGCCUACUUUCGAUUCUCUUUUGGAGAAGAUCACUCAGCACAAUAGUGUUCAACAAAAUAUUUGGGGAAAAUCUCCUCGUUACAUUGAUCUGUGCUUUCUCUUGGAUAUUACCAAGUCCAUGGACAAGUGGCUUCUUGAAUCAAUUCAAGUCAUCACCAGUAUCAUCGAUGAAGUAUCAAAGGUCAACAGAAAUGUAUCCAUUCGUUAUGGGUUUGUCGGUUAUCGAGACUUGGAUUGUACGGAGAGAUUUGUUGUCGAACCAUUCACGUUUGACAAGACUGAUAUUGUGCACCAGUUGAAGCAGGUGCAAUGUUUUGGAGGUGGAGAUUAUCCAGAAGAUGUGGAUGGUGGUUUGGAACAGGUUCUCAAGAAUAUGGAGUGGGCAAGCUUCACUCGAGUCUUGAUCCACAUCGCAGAUGCACCAGGGCAUGGUGCGCAUCAUCAUAACUUUGCCGAAAAAGACGACUGGUACUAUUACCAACACGAUCCGUCUGGUACAGAACAACUAGUGAAGGAACUGGUACACAAAAAGAUUGACUAUUACUUCUUUGAAAUACAUUCGUGUACUCAAAAGAUGGUACGAACCUUUCAGCAAUGGAUGUAUGAAGCAAAUCCAAUUGAAAACCAGUACAAGUACGGGUUAAGUGUAGAACCCAUCACAUCAGACAUGGAGUCUUUGGCUUUUCUUCGCAAAGUAUCGAAUAUUGUUGUGGAUACCGUGCGCUUGUCAGAAACACGAAAGAGUAGUCAUGAAAAUUCGACAGUGAUACCCAACAAUUUCGUCCAGAAACCACCCAAUACUAAUAAUACUCAAGUUGUUCUUCAUCACCCGCAAUGCACUCCAAGCAAGGAAUUAGUACAGCAGUUCAUUGAUUCGCUGGGAGUACUAGAACAAGUGAGCAUUAAUGUCAAGUCAAAAGUAACGUUUUUAACCUUUCAGUCCACCGCCGUAAGCAGUUACUUUGUCAAUCAGGUCAAAAAACAAAAAGAAUGCAGAACAAAACCCACUUACCAAGAACUAUUCUCCUGCUGGCCCUUUGACAUUGCCUCCGAACAAGGGAAUGACAGAACUGAACAUAUUUUACUGCAGGCAACAAUAUUGAAUCUUACCCAAUUAAUUAGUUUUUCAACCUAUGAAAUUAGCAAGAAGAAUUGA